AGCCGCAUUGCAAUAGCAAUAGCAAUCCUUUUGCGUAAAAGUAAAGCCAAAAACAUAAGGUUAGCGCGGCCACUGCAUUUUUAACAUUAAGUUGAGCUUAAACUGUAGUUGUCAUUGCAGCGUACGCGUUAGUAAAGCAAGAAAAACAAUCACGUUUUCGCCAAAAAAAUAAACCGACCAAACACGCGCCGCUCACCAAAGCCGCUUGCACUACGCGACCGCAUUGACGUUUUGUUAUUUUUCCAACUGACUGACUGCUGUUGUUGUUAGUGACUGAGAGAAGGCGAUCGUAGAAGCGAAAAGAUGCCGAACGAUACAAUCAGCAAGGUUCAGGAGUACAAGGAUUCCCUCAUUACCAAGGCGGAGUUUCUAAUUACAAAAGGAUUUCCCGAAAAAAUCGUUGAAUUAAAUGAGCUCCUAUCAACUCCCAUGUUCAACGAGCGCAACUUUAGUGAGGUGCAUCAGGAUCUAAACAUUCCGGUUGUGGAUCCGGUGCUGGUCAACAAUCAUGACGGCGCCGGCGGCGAACCCGACAACAAUCAACCGGCAACGAAACGUGCCCGCUUGGACGUGAAUAUAACGGGAACAACUGUUCUUUCACUACCCAACGGAUCGGUAUCUUGUAACAAGCCGCUCUGUGAAAUGAUCAAAGUGGUGAAGCCAAUUAUACGUAAAUUGGUUGAGGAUUCAAACUUACUGAAAAUGUGGAUAUCGUUUAUGAUACCGAAAAUCGAGGACGGCAAUAAUUUCGGCGUCUCCAUACAAGAAGAUACGCUGGCCGAAAUACAAACUGUUGAGUCUGAAGCCGCCGCAUUCUUCGAUCAAAUCUCUCGCUACUUCCUGUCGCGUGCCAAGGUUGUCUCGAAAGUCGCAAAGUAUCCACAUAUCGACGACUAUCGUCGUGCUGUCGUCGAGCUGGACGAAAAGGAGUACCUCAGUCUGUGGUUGGUUGUCUGUGAGGUUCGCAACCGUUACUCGUCCUUGCACGAUAUAGUGAUUAAAAAUCUUGAAAAGCUGAAGAAGCCCCGCUCCUCCAACGCCGAGAGCUUAUACUAGGGGUUCGCCUCUGGUAGUAGCUUUUCGGAUUUUUCUUUUUUUUUUUGCUAUGAAUUACACAGACACUUACCUACCUAGUAUAAACAACCGAUACAGACCAUGCCGCCAACAAUGGCACGAAACGAAUCGCAUUCUCGAAAGAACACCAACAAUAACAGCAGAACCAGUAAAAAAAACCUGCGGAGAGUAGAGCGGAACAGUUAUAGAUGUGUUAAAAGAAAAUUUAAUAAUAAUGAUAAUAAAAAAAAAAACAACAACGGUAACAAAUGAUUUAGUAGAGGUAUGCAUAUGUUUAAACUCUUACUUUUCCAUUUUGAAUGUGUUACUACAUACAUAUACGGCAUGUGAACGGCGUACAAUCUUUAAGGAUACAUUUUCAGUAAUCAAUAAAACCUAAAUCUAGAAUAGACACUGUAUUAUACAAAAUCAAUACUACAGAUUCUGACUAAUAAGAACAGCUGCUUGUUUUUACAUAUGUAUGUCAAAA